AUGGCCGUCCGAUCGAGGUCGUCCCUGCGCUUCUCAGUGCGACGGGAUGACAAUGCCUCUGGUCAUGAUGACGAGCAUCAGGACAGCCACGACGACACCUUGCCGUCUUCUCCUCCCCCUGCAAAGAGGCCUCGGCUUCAGCAGCAACAGCAACAGCAACGUCGUCAGCCACCUUCGUCUCGUCGUCGCAAGAGCUCUCCCGACUUACUUGACACUACUAUCGGAAACUCCAGUCAUCGCGUCCCUCCGUCAUCCAAAACUCCUCAGAUCCUGCGACAGGCUGCUCACUCUCCUGUCCCUCCGCCGCCGCCACGCUCAUCUACGCGCCGGCCACCUCCUCUCGCCACUGCCAGCGACAGCGCAUCCUCCUCUUCGUCCUCUUCGUCGUCCAACCCCGCUCGUGCUCCGCUUCCCGGCACCCCGCACACUACGGGACAAUCCCAUGAUCACCCUCGCACUCCGUUGUCGGCUUCCGCCGUGCUGUAUAUGCGUGGCGGUGGUCGCGAAUCGCCAGAUCCCUUAGAUAUCAUCUCUCCUGCCCCUACCAAGACCAACCCGAAGCCUCGCAAAACACCCAUUACGUCCACUCCGACCUCUACCACCCGUUCUACACGCUGUUCUCGCCUGCAGCAUUCUGUCGCAUCAGACGCGGAUGUGCAGAAGCCCCCUGGACCGACGAGCAGUCGGCGGAAACCCAGCUCGGCCAAUCCUCAGACGGAAGCGCAAUCGCAGCCUAAGCAGGAACCCGCCCAUCCCAGUCCAGCUGAACCGGAACAGCGCCGGUCGCUUCGUUCCAAGGACAGCAAUUCGCGGCUGCGGAGCGAACUAGCAUCAUAUUUCUGGAACUAUGAACAAAUUCUCAGUUUGGACCCUCCGAAGACCGCGGAACUACUGACCGAGAACACCACGAUUAAGUUGAUUGACGACCUGACCGAGCCUCUUACCACCAUACAAUCCUCUACUCCCGACUCCGAGUCCCCAUUUGGAAACCCUCUGUUGCAGCUCCAUGACUGUGAAAAGAUAUCUCUGCCGGAGCCGGAGCCGAGUUCAGACGCUGCGCCCGGAGAUGUCAAAGAGGAAGACCCUCUCAAUGAAGGAUACUAUUUCCGUGCCCACCGGAGAAUGGAGCGGCAGGAGAAACAGCUCCGAAAUAUCGAGCGUGAACGCGCCCAGCAUGAGAAGAUGCAGCUGGAGCGUCUAUUAGACGAGCUGAAAGGUCACGACUGGCUCCGUGUGAUGGGUAUUACUGGGGUGCACGAGCACGAGAAAAAGCUCUACGAACCCAAACGCGACUAUUUCAUGAAAGAGAUCGCAAGCCUGAUCAAGAAGUUCCAGAUCUGGAAAGAAGAAGAGAAACGCCGGAAGCUCGACAAGGACAAGCCCUCGCUCCGUGCCGAGAUAUCGCCAUCCACCGCCCCCACGAGCAGAGACCGCACCACCUCCCAGAAGCGCAAACUCAGCGAUCGCUCCCCAGAUACUACCCCCGACGGCGCCGCCAUCUCCGACGUUGAAAGCGACGGCGAACCCCCGGACCCAAGCGACGUGGACGCCUGGGCAGCGCACCAACUCCAGCAGGAAGCCCGCUCCGCGACGGCCGGCAAACGACCCAAACCAUCGACAGAGCCCCCACGACGCCGCAAAUCCUCCGGCACCACCAAGUCCUCCGCCGCGCCGCACGCUCCCGCGUCCGCUCCUGCUGUCGCGAAACCAGCAACCCCUCCCCCUCCCGAGAAACCCUUCACCUCAUUCUACGCAAAGCCGCAUCUGCGCGAUGUCGCGCUCUCGCCGCACCGCAAGGGCCGGGUCCGCCUGGCUUUCGGCCACCCCAUCCCCCAGAUGGAGGUGCGCGAGUUUCAGCCGCCCGCGGAUAUCCUGACGCCCGAGGCGAUCGAUUCCUGCCGCCGGAGGCGGAGGCGGAUGAGAAGGGAGAGCCGUGGGUGA